AUGAAGUCUAAACUGAAUGUGUUCGUCUAUCUGAUAAUAUUGUACGGUUGUCUUACAACAUCAGCCGGUCAAAUUGUGCAAAUUGAAGAUGGUUUAAUUGAGGGCAGACAAGUGCUAACUCGAUCAGGGGUUUCGUUUAAUGGAUUCUUUGGCAUCCCAUUUGCUGAACCACCGAUAGGAGAGUUACGCUUUCGCGCACCUGUUCCCAAGACACCAUGGGAUGGUGUACUUAACUGUACAGUGUUUGGUCCGAUGUGUAUGCAAUUUGGUGCUGGGAUCUUUGGUUCGGAAGACUGCCUUCAGUUAAAUGUGUUUACGAAAAAUUUGCCAUCGAAUGGAACGAAUGAACGAAUACCAGUGCUUGCAUUCAUACAUGGCGGAGGCUUUACUUCCGGAACAGCAAUGAAUCAUGGACCAGAAUAUUUGAUGGAUCGAAACAUUGUUUUAGUGACCAUUCAAUAUCGACUCGGUGCGUUCGGUUUUAUGGCACUGGAAACGCAAGACAUUCCAGGUAAUCAAGGGUUGAAGGAUCAAAAUCUCGCCCUAAAAUGGAUCCAAGCCAACAUUCAUCAUUUCGGUGGUGAUCGGGAUCGAGUCACAAUCAGUGGACUUUCAGCGGGUAGCGUUUCCGUGACUGCGCACAUGGUGUCGCCGAUGUCACAAGGACUGUUUCAUAAUGCCAUCGGACUUAGUGGUUCGAUUGCGUCACAAGUGCGACCCUCAUCGAAUAAUAUUGAAUUAGUGAAGGAGAUAGCAACACGGGUAAAUUGCACUGUGGACACGAUUGAUAGCAUGGUGAAUUGCCUUCGAAAUACUUCCGGUGACGAUAUUGCUAACAACAUGGAUACGACUUAUUUCCCUUGUUUAAUAUACCCCUGGUCACCUUGGAUUGUAGAGCCUGACUUUGGCCAGGAGAGAUUUAUGAUUGACGAUCCGAGUGUAUUAUUUCGCGAGGGAAGCUUUAGUAGAGUAAACGUAAUGGCUGGAAUAACAGCCCAUGAGUUCAUAUGGCCUGCAGUUCUACUUCAUGAUCCGAACGCAACAAACUAUUUGAAUGAAAACUGGGACCGUAUUGCCCCAACUUGUUUCUAUUUUGAGGGAAACGAAUUUACUUCGGCUGAGGAAAUGGCAACCACUCUGAGGGAAUCAUAUUUCCCAUUCGAUGUAAUCGACAUCCGAUCGUUCAAUAAUCUGAACAAUCUCUUUGCCGAUGCAAUCAUCAGCUAUGGCGUACACAAAUUCGUUCAUCUGGUCAAUACGUUCAUCGAUGUUUAUUAUUACAAAUUUUCGUACAUUGGCCAGUUAAGCUUUUUCCACUUUCCGAGAUACUUUCCAUAUGGCGCCCAUCAUGGUGACGACAUUCAGUACUUUUUCAAUUAUGGUUGGGAAGGAAUAGCGAUUCCUUUAGGUCAUCCGGAUAGUGACGUUGUGGAACGUAUGACUAGAAUAUGGGAGCAAUUUGCUUGGACUGGGAAUCCGAAUAAUAGCACGGAUGAGUACUUGGAGUACAUGAUCUGGCCGAAACACGACAAUGCAGCUGAAUGGUAUUUAGAUAUUGGGAAUCAUCUUGUCGAGAAAAAUGGAUUGUACUUGGAACGGUUCACUGUUUGGGACAGUUUCGAUAAGAAUUUAACGAAUCACUUCUGAGUUACAAAACGAUAUUCCAUCAAAAUUCUUUGUCUGUUACAAUGAAACAAUGUGAAGUCACGAAGAAUCCUUGGACAAUAAAUUUUGUUUAUAUCUAAAUCAGACAAAAACCUCUUAGAACCCUUUCUGAUAUCAAUACUUUUGUAAGUAAAGGACUUGCGUCACCCUUCCUCUUCUAAGAGGUUUUUGUCUGAUAUCAGUACUUUUGUAAGUUUUAAGGUUAAAGCGCCAGUUACAACAUAUCAAAAGUUUUUUUUUAGAGACGAAGAAAGCAAUUUUAUAUGUCCCGUAACACAAAAGAUAAUACCAAAACCACAUUUGAAACAGGAAAAUCCAACUACCCGACAAUUUUCAUCUUUGCCACUGUUUUCUGCUUCUAAAAC